CAGUGGCUCAGUCCGACAGUCAUCGUAUGACGAACGCGAAAUUGUCCGCGUUCGCUGUAAUCUAAAUGCACCUUAAGCUGUCAAUCUGCAUCUGCUUUCAGUUCAAGGUUGCCUUGCGACUUGCGACGUCAAAAUACAAAAAUAAAACAAAAGGAUGACACCCAUCCUCCUGUGAUUGUGUUUUAUGCUAAUCGUGCAGUGAUUUUUUAAAAGAUUUCUUAUGUAGAUAAUUUUUGUUUUUUAUACCAGUUUCCUCACCUAAAUUGACGAGAUGGAUGCAAACGUUGACCAUUCCUUCGUUCAAAAGAUGCAGUAUAUGUCAAUCGGCAACCAAAACGAUGAAAUUCGUCAUGCUAUAGUAUCGGACGUUGGGAAAACUGACCUAUCACCUCUGAACUACCCCAAAGCUGACCCACAAAGACCCAGCGAGUACAAAAUAUAUGAACGCAACAACAUAAUCGCCAGCUCAAAAUUUCCCACCCCUACGCAUGUGGAGUCUAUCUCGGUCCAAAAGGGUAUAGAAGAGAAUGAUGUGUAUGUCCAGUGUGCAAAGCCUCAAGUUCCUAUCAGUUCAAGUCCUACUAGAUCAUUGAGUGGGUCGUCACAGCACUCUGGGGGCACAAGAGUGAGCAUUGCUAGCAAUUCAGGCCCAGUAUAUGAGAACCUCGAGUAUUAUCCAAGAAACUAUUUUGCAGGUAACUCACAUCCGACCAAUGAUUCACUAGGUUGCAGAAAAGCUCAACCACAAGUACCCAUAAGUAGCAAGAUUAGCUCAUACUCAGAUGGCCCCCCUGUGUAUGAAAACUUGCAUGCUCUCUCACCAAAAACUGCGGCUCUCCCUGGUCCUCAGGUACCUACUAAUGCUCCUCCUCCUUAUGCUAUGAACUCUGCAACCUACCAGCAUUAUGACCAGCAACCCAUCUACUCACUUAUGCAGUCACCAAGUACCAGAGCCCAGCCACAAGCACCAUAUCACCAGAGCAACUUCAAUAGAUCUCCAUCAAAGAGUCUGACUCAAGAACAAAUUGAUGAACUGAAUAGUGGGGACUAUGUGUGUAUGACUGGAAACAUCUCACAUACUCUUAGCACCAAUGUGCCCAUACAAACCUCAUCUGCAAAGAAUUAUGACAGAACUAUCGCUACUGGGAUAGCACAGACUCCUACUAAGUUGUCACCACCAAAAGAAGCUAAAAAGGUACCAGUUCAGAAGAUUGAACCCAGACCAUCCCCAGUACCCAGUCCAACUCCAAGUGCAAUGAGUACUAGCAGUGGUAAGCUGAAGAUUUCUGGCAAGAAUCUUCUGCCUUAUAGUGUUACGCCUCCAAAGCCUAGGGGUCCAACAGAGGCUGAGAAGAAGAUUGAGGAGAUGACUAGGCAGAUUGAAGAGGAAAUGGAGAAACAUGAGGAGGAAGGAGAAUAUUUUGGGAUUUGCCAUACCUGUGGAGAGAAAGUGACUGGUGCUGGUCAAGCUUGCCAAGCAAUGGGAAACUUGUAUCACACUAACUGUUUUAUAUGUUGUUCCUGUGGAAGAGCUCUCAGAGGAAAAGCUUUUUAUAAUGUCCAUGGUAGGGUGUACUGUGAAGAAGAUUACCUGUACUCUGGAUUCCAACAAACAGCAGAAAAAUGUGCUAUAUGUGGACAUCUGAUUAUGGAAAUGAUUCUUCAAGCAAUGGGCAAGUCGUACCACCCGGGAUGCUUCAGGUGUUGCGUUUGUAACGAGUGCUUGGACGGAGUCCCAUUUACUGUUGAUGUUGACAACAAAAUCUACUGCGUCAACGAUUAUCACAGAAUGUUUGCUCCCAAAUGUGCUGCAUGUGGAAAAGGAAUAACUCCAGUAGAAGGUACCGAAGAGACAGUCCGCGUGGUGUCCAUGGAUAAAGACUUCCACGUGGACUGCUACGUAUGCGAAGAGUGCGGCAUGCAACUGACGGACGAACCUGAUAAGCGGUGCUAUCCUCUAGAAGGAAGGUUGAUGUGUCGCGGCUGUCACAUUCAAAAUCUGAGGCACAGCCCUAGACAAAUGCAUCCCGUCGCAGCCACUUAUCAGUAUUCCGGUUAGAGUUAAGUUAGACGCGAUACCAUUCGAUCACGGUUGGAGGUGGCGGAUAUUUCACGAACUGUGAUUUAGUAACUGAUAUUUUCAAAUCACGAAUCACGACUUUUACCAAAUACCGUACAGGAUCAUGGCGCUAAUACGUGAGAUGCCAUGAGAUUAUCAUGGCCUGCAAGCGAUUUAGCUCUUUAUAGGUUUUGGUAGCUCGCUGAUGAAAUCGCGUGGAUUUCAUCACGGUGUUUUGCUCAGGAUAUGGGUUUACCCAUAACCUCAAUGCUAUGUUGACGUCACGGUUUUAAGUCACUGAUGUUAAAAAGAUAUCACAGAUGUCGGAAAAUUACGAUAUCGGCUAUCUCUAAUCACGGUUAUAAAUCGUGUCAUUCUGUCAUUUAUUUUCGCAUCAUUCUCAACUGUAUAACGUCUUAAAGGUGGCGCUGCGCAUUUCGGGUUGGCUGGGAUACAUCAUUAACGUUCAGGGGUCCAUCAAAAAAUGUGUAAAAUUAUUUUCUACCGAUUUCUGUGGCUUUUUGGGCUUCAAGAUUGAGUGUUAAGAUUGAAGGUGUAUAUGGUUGUAGUUUGUAGAGGAGCAUGGAUUUUUUGUGAGAAAAAAGGCAGAUAAUGGUACCUCAAGGUGACACGUCCCUUUUUUUUCAACUACCUGUUUACAGCAGUAAAAAAAUGCAUUUUUGUGCAUUUUUUCUUCAAUCGGAACUUGUUAACAAAUAUAAGUACAGCCCUGAAUUUGUGUGUGAAUAUUUCUCUUUUAUGGAAGAAUGAAACAGGUGAUUACUUUUAUUCUUACCACUUUUUCUCUUUGAAAAAUAUUUGAUUUUCUUGAAGCCUCGUCUCGCAGCAAGUUGAGUUUCCAAGAAAAGCAAACAAUUUUCGAAUAGAAAAAGUGAUCAGAAUAAAAGUAAUCACCGGUUUCAUGCAUCUAUAAAAGUGGAAUAUUGACAUUCAAUUUCAGAGCUGUACUAAUAUUUGUUAACAAGUUACGAUCGAAGAAAAAAUGCAUUUUAUGUUAAAACAAAAUUAAAAACGAUGUUACACAAAGCGAAAAAAGGAAGUGCGACCUUAAGGUGAACAAGAUUUCCAGAACAAAAACAUAAUCCCACAUUGCCAUACCUACUGAUCACUAUAUACCACUAGUUCAUAACUCUGUUGCUUAUCUAAUCCUACAGGGUGAGUUUUUAGGUUGGGUUGCCCCGUUAUUAUAACAGGUAUCAAAAAGGUUUUUCCAAAAAAUAAUUUCAGAUAUAUGCUUUUACUUUGAAAAUAUGCGUCCCUCUACAGAGUGGUCUAUAGCUCCGUGGUGACACAAAAACUUUUUUUCUGAGCGUGUUAGUAUACCCUGAUUGAUGCCUUGAAAGGAAGAAGUUUUGAUAUACGAUACUAUAGGGCUUCUGAAUCGAUAGGAUAUUUUAUCCGAAAAAAAAAACACAAUAACUUGUGUCAGCUUUACAGAUAGAGUAGCGAAUUUUUAGUCAAAAUGACCCUCACUUUCCAUUUAUUAUCGGUAUUGAAACUUUUUCUAGAUUUUAGGUGUUUCUGAACGCAAAAUGCACAUUUUCUCAAAGAAAAUCAAAUGUAGACUUUGCAUAUAUUUAUUUGGGCUGUACUUUCUCAAAGUUUAUUUUAGUAUAAACUUUUUGGGUAGCUAAAUCAAUAUAGAGUUAUAUGCAAUUUCCAAAAAAUUAUCCAAAGAAAUAUGCACAAUAUUCGUGAAAAGGGACGGUUAUUAGUGGAACUUUUUUUUUUAUAUUUAUAGUUUUUGUGAACAACUGUUUUGUAUGAGUUUUAUAAUAACGGAGCAGUUGACAGAUCACACACUAAAAACCUACUUUGUAAGUAUUAGUCGGUGUCGUGCACUGUUAGCAUUCGUGGUUACUACGGCGUUCCAUAGAUGGCGCUGAGUGCAGUGACUGUCUUUGUGUUGUAAAUAUACCGAAUAGAAUUUGAGUGGCUUUAUUGGGUAGCUUUAGAUGCCACAGGUGCAGUAGAAAUUCAGGACCGCUUUUUCAAUCGCUGUUUAACUUUCAAAUUUGGAAACUGCAACUUGUAAGUUAACUAGCAGUUUUCCGUAAAUUCUUUUUCCAAGUUCUGGUUAACUAACCCGUACCUGUUGAUCUGGCGCCUCUGCUUUUACGUCUUAACUAUUAUGCGCCUUUUGUGACGCUCGAUGAUUGCCUUUUGUGCCAUCCACAAAUUGUGUCACUGUCAAGCAAUAAAGUAUUGCAACUUACUAUUCAUCCCAUAGGUGGCACUUUUGGUUUGAGGUAACUACCGCAUUUCGACAAACUUGAUAUUGAAAAACGCGUUCUGAGUUAUAACUUUUGUUUAUCGGUAAAAUUACAGUUCUGGUAGGAAAAUGUGCAGGCAGGUGAAUGCCUUUUCAAAAUUAUCACAUCCGUAAAAUGUUCAAAUGCCGUUAUUUGAAUAGAAACACUGAUAUGAUGCCUAGAUAAAUAAAGGGAUGAUAUUCACAACAAUCUGACGCAGUAUCCAGUGAUAGUAGAUUUAUUGAGGUCUAGCUGGACAGUAGGGCCUUUGUUAGGUAGGCCAUGGUUAUUUAUCACAUUUGCUUCCACUCUGAAGCAUUUAUACAUUUGCAUUUUUUCUUUCGGAAUUCCACAUAUUUGUGAUAUGAUUUGCUAAGAAUUUUUUUCAUUUUUAUAUAUUUUGCAUUUGCGCAGAUGCUUUGCAGAACCGUCUUGUGUAGGCGUGAAGCAACAUUCCAUUAUCAAGGAGCCUGCCACUAAGAAUAUACUUUUUUAUAAUGUAUUUAUUGAAUAUCAGAUUAUUUUUAAACGAAGCACACCACGUUGAUAGUUACAUAAAUGUAGGCGAAUUAAGUAUUAUACAACGUGUUUUAUCGUAACGUUGUAUAGAAUCGCUUUUCAUCGACGUAUUUAUUGGGUGUGGUUAGGUUAAGUUACGAAAAUUCUAUGAACGUAUGAGGUUCGAUUUUAAUAAACAGUGAAGCGUUGAUGUUCUCUUGUAUUUUUUACCUUUUUCAGUGAUGUUUGUCCAAGCACAGUAAAUCGAAUGCGAUGGUUGCCAUUGUUAUAAAUGAAAGGGUAAUUCCUCUUUGACCAUCCCGUGGUAACUUAAUAACGUUUGAAUAGCAAGUUUUUAUGGUCUGUGGUUUUAAUACGUUUGUUCCGAUAUUGUAGUGUUAUCUGAUGCUACCAGCUAUUAUUAAAGGUUGCCGUUAAACUGAUUCAGAAACGAUAGUGAAAUUACUUUGAAAGUAAAAAAAAUGAUUUGAUGGAUUUUCUUUGCACAUUUCUGGGUUGUUGUAGAAUCUAAAAUUGUAAUGAUAAUAAUGGUCGUCAGGCAAAGCCUGGCAAAAAGGCUCGACCAUUUUGCUGAAUAUACUGGUCUAGGAAGUUGUAUGUUGUCUUUCAGCCUCUAAGAAGAUAAUUUCACUUUACUUCACUUCACACACAAACGUCUAAUUUACCUCCCUGCAGUCGUCUGAUACCGCGCCUUCCUCAUUUUCCUGAAAUAUACCUAUUCCUUCAAGAGAUGAUUGUGACCUGUCAUCCAUUAACACCCAACCUAGGCUUGAAGCCCAUGCAAUUUAGCCCGGCGAUCGAUCCUCUUAUUGCUCAUCACUUCACACUAUCUAGGGCUCGCAGCUGAGUCACUUCUCUAAAAUUGAACGCUGAAGAGCAUUAGCAUGCCCUUAGGGAUCAAUUAUUGAGCGCAGUAG